UCAUGCCCCUCUGUCUGUGUGUGAGUGCAGGCAGGCUGACAAUGAUUUCCUCAGUGAUUACGUACAGAGCGAGUCCCUGCGGGUUAGGGGCCCCCUCUGGAGCCAUCCUGAUGGCUUUGGGGGCCUUGCUUCCAUUUUCCAUUAUUAUGUGGACUACCGGAGCGACAGCGCAGUCCAAGACCUUGCAGACCCCAACUGUAAACUUGAAGACAAGACUGAAGAUGGAGAGGCAAUAGACUGUAAGAAGAGGCCGGAAGAUGGAGAGGAGUUGGAAGACGAAGCUGUGCACAGCUGUGACAGCUGCCUCCAGGUGUUCGAAUCACUGAGCGAUAUCACAGAACACAAGAUUAAUCAAUGUCAGCUGACAGAUGGAGUGGAUGUUGAAGAUGAUCCCACUUGCUCUUGGCCAGCUUCCUCACCUUCCAGCAAGGACCAGACUUCCCCUAGCCAUGGAGAAGGUUGUGAUUUUGGAGAGGAAGAAGGUGGUCCUGGACUCCCAUAUCCAUGCCAAUUCUGUGACAAGUCGUUUAGCCGCCUCAGCUACCUAAAGCACCAUGAGCAGAGUCACAGUGACAAACUGCCUUUCAAAUGCACCUAUUGCAGUAGGCUGUUCAAACACAAGCGGAGCCGAGAUCGCCAUAUCAAACUCCACACAGGGGAUAAGAAGUACCACUGCAGUGAAUGUGAUGCUGCGUUCUCCAGAAGUGAUCACUUGAAGAUCCACUUAAAGACUCACACGUCCAACAAGCCAUAUAAAUGUGCCAUUUGUCGCCGUGGCUUCCUGUCCUCUAGUUCCUUACAUGGACACAUGCAGGUUCACGAGAGGAACAAGGACGGUUCCCAGUCUGGUUCCAGGAUGGAGGACUGGAAGAUGAAGGACACUCAGAAGUGCAGUCAGUGCGAGGAAGGCUUUGACUUCCCGGAAGACCUCCAGAAGCAUAUCGCUGAAUGCCACCCUGAAUGUUCCCCAAACGAGGACCGAGCGGCCCUCCAGUGUGUCUACUGCCAUGAGCUCUUUGUGGAGGAGACCUCCCUCAUGAACCACAUGGAGCAGAUGCACGGAGGGGAGAAGAAGAACUCUUGCAGCAUUUGUUCUGAGAGUUUCCACACGGUCGAGGAACUGUACAGCCACAUGGAUAGUCACCAGCAACCCGAAUCCUGCAAUCACAGCAACAGCCCUUCCCUGGUCACGGUGGGCUACACCUCUGUGUCCAGCACGACUCCAGAUUCCAACCUCUCAGUGGACAGCUCAACCAUGGUGGAAGCUGCCCCGCCAAUCCCAAAGAGUCGAGGGAGGAAGCGGGCUGCCCAGCAGACCCCUGACAUGACCGUGCCCUCAAGUAAACAAGCAAAAGUUACCUACAGCUGUAUUUACUGCAACAAGCAGUUAUUUUCAAGUCUGGCAGUUCUGCAGAUUCACCUGAAAACUAUGCAUUUAGAUAAGCCUGAACAGGCCCAUAUUUGUCAGUAUUGCCUGGAGGUAUUGCCCUCACUCUAUAACCUAAACGAACAUCUUAAGCAAGUGCAUGAAGCUCAGGACCCAGGUCUGAUUGUUUCUGCCAUGCCCGCCAUAGUCUACCAGUGUAACUUCUGCUCCGAAGUUGUCAAUGACCUCAACACUCUUCAGGAACACAUCCGAUGUUCUCAUGGAUUUGCGAACCCUGCAGCUAAGGAUAGCAACGCAUUCUUUUGCCCCCAUUGCUACAUGGGGUUUCUUACUGACUCUUCCCUCGAAGAGCAUAUAAGACAGGUCCAUUGUGACCUCAGUGGCUCCCGAUUUGGGUCUCCAGUGCUUGGGACUCCAAAAGAACCAGUAGUAGAAGUCUAUUCUUGUUCCUAUUGUACGAAUUCUCCAAUAUUCAAUAGUGUUCUUAAACUGAACAAGCACAUCAAAGAGAAUCAUAAAAACAUUCCCUUGGCCCUGAAUUAUAUUCACAAUGGGAAAAAAUCCAGGGCCUUGAGCCCCCUAUCUCCUGUGGCCAUAGAGCAGACAUCUCUUAAGAUGAUGCAGGCAGUGGGAGGUGCUCCUGCACGUCCAGCCGGAGAAUAUAUCUGUAAUCAGUGUGGUGCUAAGUACACGUCCCUAGACAGCUUUCAGACUCACCUAAAAACUCACCUUGACACUGUGCUUCCAAAAUUGACCUGUCCUCAGUGCAACAAGGAAUUCCCCAACCAAGAAUCCUUGCUGAAGCACGUUACCAUUCAUUUUAUGAUCACCUCAACGUAUUACAUCUGUGAGAGUUGUGAUAAGCAGUUCACGUCAGUGGAUGACCUUCAGAAACACCUGCUGGACAUGCACACUUUUGUCUUCUUCCGCUGCACCCUCUGCCAGGAAGUUUUUGACUCGAAAGUCUCCAUUCAACUUCACUUGGCUGUAAAACACAGUAACGAAAAGAAAGUCUACAGGUGCACGUCUUGCAACUGGGACUUCCGCAAUGAGACCGACUUGCAGCUCCAUGUGAAACAUAACCACCUGGAAAAUCAAGGGAAAGUGCACAAGUGCAUUUUCUGUGGUGAGUCCUUUGGUACUGAGGUGGAGCUUCAGUGCCACAUCACCACUCACAGUAAGAAGUAUAACUGUAAGUUCUGCAGCAAAGCCUUCCACGCCAUCAUUUUGCUGGAGAAACACUUGCGGGAGAAGCACUGUGUGUUUGAAACCAAGACUCCCAACUGUGGAGCAAAUGGGGCUUCUGAGCAAGUGCAGAAGGAGGAAGUGGAGCUGCAGACCUUGCUGACCAACAGUCAGGAGUCCCACAAUAGUCAUGAUGGGAGCGAAGAAGACGUGGACACCUCGGAGCCCAUGUAUGGGUGUGACAUUUGUGGGGCAGCCUACACGAUGGAAACUCUGCUGCAGAACCACCAGCUCCGAGACCACAACAUCAGACCUGGAGAAAGUGCCAUCGUGAAGAAGAAAGCCGAGCUUAUAAAAGGGAAUUACAAGUGUAACGUGUGCUCUCGAACCUUCUUCUCUGAAAAUGGCCUCCGAGAACAUAUGCAGACCCACCUAGGCCCUGUCAAACACUACAUGUGCCCUAUUUGUGGAGAGCGGUUUCCCUCCCUCUUAACUCUUACCGAACACAAAGUCACACACAGUAAGAGUCUCGAUACCGGAAACUGCCGGAUUUGCAAGAUGCCUCUCCAGAGUGAAGAAGAGUUUUUAGAGCAUUGCCAAAUGCACCCUGACUUGAGGAAUUCCCUGACAGGAUUUCGCUGCGUGGUCUGCAUGCAGACAGUGACCUCCACCUUAGAACUCAAAAUCCAUGGGACAUUCCACAUGCAAAAGACAGGGAAUGGGUCUGCGGUUCAGACCACAGGGCGUGGCCAGCACGUCCAAAAACUGUACAAGUGUGCAUCUUGCCUGAAAGAAUUCCGUUCCAAGCAAGAUCUGGUGAAACUUGACAUCAACGGCCUGCCAUAUGGUCUGUGUGCUGGCUGUGUGAAUCUCAGUAAGAGCGGCAGCCCAGGCAUCAACAUCCCUCCCGGCACGAGUAGACCAGGCUUGGGCCAGAAUGAGAGUCUGAGUGCCAUUGAGGGAAAAGGCAAAGCAGGGGGACUGAAGACUCGCUGCUCUAGCUGCAAUGUUAAGUUUGAGUCUGAAAGUGAACUCCAGAACCACAUCCAAACGAUCCACCGAGAGCUCGUGCCAGAUAGCAAUAGCACACAGUUGAAAACUCCACAAGUAUCACCAAUGCCCAGAAUCAGUCCCUCCCAGUCGGAUGAGAAGAAGACCUAUCAGUGCAUCAAGUGUCAGAUGGUUUUCUACAAUGAAUGGGAUAUUCAGGUUCAUGUUGCAAAUCACAUGAUUGAUGAAGGACUGAACCACGAAUGCAAACUCUGCAGCCAGACCUUCGACUCCCCUGCCAAACUCCAAUGCCACCUGAUAGAGCACAGCUUCGAAGGGAUGGGAGGCACCUUCAAGUGUCCUGUCUGCUUUACAGUGUUUGUUCAAGCAAACAAGUUGCAGCAGCAUAUUUUCUCUGCCCAUGGACAAGAAGACAAGAUCUAUGACUGCACACAAUGUCCACAGAAGUUUUUCUUCCAAACAGAGCUGCAGAAUCAUACGAUGACCCAACACAGCAGUUAGUGCAAGAAUGGUCUCUCAAGGAGAAUUACUUUUGUGGCACAAAAAGGGAACAUGUUUUACUCUUUGCACGAAACUUUCAUUGUUAAUGUAUAUUAUUCAGAAACAUUGUAUUGUACCAUAAAACUUGUAUUAUCAAAACUGUUGGAUGUUCAUGUGUUUGAACUUUCGAGCACCGGAG